AUGCAGUCAUCAGGCCGCAGCAUCGGCAACAUCUUGCCCUGUGAGGUUUCUACGGCCAGCUCUCGCUCCUCGCGGAAUCAAAAGGAGCAGGAGAAGCUAGAGAUGGCGCAGCAGAUGGCGAAGAGGCGGAUCAUGUUGGGCGUCAGCAAGACGAACGCAUCGGUGACAGUGAGGAACUCAGGGGUCAAAUUCGAACGUCCAGUCAAACGCGCGGGAACUCGGGGAUACCGAGCGCCCGAAGUGCUCAUGGGCAUGCAGUGCCAGACCACAGCAGUGGACGUGUGGGCUGCUGGGGUAGUACUGCUUACCCUGCUGUGCCGCACGACACAGUUCCAAUGGUUCCAGUAUAACGACAUAGUCACGGCAACGAUGGAGAUCUACGGCUUGCGCAUGUACAUCAAGAGCAUUGAUGCUGUGUGGAAGCUCCUCGACGUUAAGAUUCCACCAUUGGAACUGCAUCUCAGCUAUGCCCGCGGUUUCAAGCAAACAUGGCGGACCUUGUCAAGCUCCCUGGGCGCGCAUGCGGGAUGCAAGGACUGGCUGGAGGUGGAUGAGAAACAUGCGAUCUGGGACUUCCUCAACUGCUGCCUCAACAUCGAUCCCCGCACGAGGAUUACAGCACUGGAGGCUCUGAAGCAUCCCUUCCUCAUUAGUGCUGUCAAGUAA